UUGUUAGAGAAAUAUAUGGUAACAUAUUGUUAGUAUAAAUUUAAGGUAAGAGCAAAAAAUAAUGAGUUAAAUGAAAGGGUCCAAACAACUUUUAUAGGUAGAUUUUUUUAGACUUCUUCUGUUUUAAUAGUAUUGAUUAACUCGUCAGAGAAGUAUAUUUCACUCAAGUCAGGUGUACUGAAUUUUUUGGAGGUGAUUCAGAAUUUUAUAUCAUUUAUAACAAUAUUAAUAAGAUGUGUGUCAUGUGGAGUAUAUGACUGUUUUUAAUUAUUUGAAACCACUUAGCUAGAUUUUUUUCUUUUCCAAAGCGCUUGAAUAUAGAAUGAUGCACAUCGUAUUCAUAUAAUUGGAUUUCUUUCGAUGAUCAAAAGGUCCUGAACGCAUAAGUCCGUAUAAUCCAUCAAGGCGAAUCCCGAAUCAUUUAAUAUAAUUCUUCUUUGAAAAUUAGAUUCCUCUUAACGUGAGUAGAACAGAACAUAUGACUCCAAGAUCACUACAUUUUCGGUAAUCUAAAUACUUAACCAUUAGCCCAACGUUGGCUAAUUGGAUUUAUAUGAUAGAUAUGUCAUAUAUUCUUAACGGACUAAAGUCAGUAUUUGAAACUUACAAGUCAAGACAUUCAUAACGACUCAAAAUAAAAAAAAGAUUUAAAACAUAUGAUAUAGUUAUUUAAUUAAAAUUAUUAGGGUGUGUGGUUAUCCAAAUGAUAUCUUUAUACCGUCGGUCGUUAAAAGAUCUCGUGCCUCGUCGGUUAAAAGAAGCUUGUCGUUUGGGAGCGUCCAAAAGCCACACCAUCCGACUAACUUUCAUAUUCAGAGACGUUUUUGUCAAGUACCAAGAUCCAAUACAAAAAAAAAACUAUUUGUUCAACGAAAUUUGAAAUCAUUUAUAGAAAAAGAACAUCAAAUAGAACAAUCUAUUUUGUGAACAAAAAAAAAAUAGAACAAUCUAUUAUCCAUUUUGUUCAUCUUGGGUUGCAAUCAGCUGAUGGUUAUCAAGAGUCAACGCAACUUAAAAGUAAAGGAUUAAAAGAAACAAGAUUAAUAUUUUAUGUUCGGUUCUUUUUCUUUCUUUUCACGGUGAAGUGUUUUAUUUCAUUUCAUGUUUUUAUGUCACUAUCAUAAGAAACGAUUAAUUAUAAACGCUUUUGGAUUCUUGGUAUAAAUACAAAGAAGAUGAAGUGAUAGAGUUCAAAAAAAAAAUUAAAACAAAGAGAGAAUCAUGAUGAUAAGAAGGAUAGAGAUUUGUAUAGAGCUUCUAAAGAUAGGAAUGGAGUUCGUCGUAGCGGUGGCGGAAGCCGUCCAGAUUGCCUGGCGGCAACACCUAAACCACCGUACUCCUAUGCCUCCUCCGCCUCUCCUCCCCCAUGGCAUUUCCACUUCUUACCAUUCUCCAUUCCUCUUUGGAUUUCUCCCUUGAAUAAUUUUUUUUCUUCUCUUAUGAAACCACCAUUCUGCUUCUUUCUUUUACUCUCUUUUUUUUUGGGGGGGGGGGGGGGGGGUAGACUUUUAGAUGUAGGUUUUGUUGAUUCCUGUAACUCUGUAAAUUACUUUACUUUUUUCAAUAAGAUUUGCAGUUUCCUGUCCAGUUUAUUUC